AUGGCUGACGAUUACGUGGGUGCUAUUGGAAUUGACUUGGGUACCACAUACUCGUGUGUCGCGGUGUGGGAGAACGAACGCGUAGAAAUAAUAGCAAAUGAACAGGGCAACCGUACCACACCGUCUUACGUGGCGUUCGCUGGUGCCGAACGUCUUAUCGGAGACGCGGCCAAAAAUCAAGCAGCAAUGAAUCCAAAAAACACAGUCUUUGAUGCGAAACGUCUUAUUGGUCGACGGUUCGAUGACCCCGAAGUCAAGGCAGAUAUGAAACAUUGGCCGUUUACUGUUGUUGAUAGUGACGGAUCACCCCAGAUACAAGUUGAAUUUAUGGGCGAAACAAAAACGUUCACGCCGCAAGAAAUAUCAUCAAUGGUGUUGUCUAAAAUGAAGGCAAUUGCAGAGGGAAAACUUGGCAAGACAGUCAAAAAAGCUGUGAUUACGGUUCCAGCAUACUUUAACGAUUCCCAACGCCUAUCAACCAAAGAUGCAGGAACGAUUGCUGGUCUUGAUGUUCUUCGCAUAAUCAACGAGCCUACGGCGGCAGCAAUUGCAUAUGGUCUUGAUGCAAAAGAUACCAGCGAAAAAAAUGUUCUCAUAUUCGACCUCGGCGGAGGCACGUUUGAUGUGUCGCUCUUGAAUAUAACCGGUGGAGUCUUUGCCGUAAAAGCUACAGCAGGAGAUACCCAUCUUGGCGGGCAAGAUUUUGACAACAAUCUUCUCGAACACUUCAAGUCGGAAUUCAAGCGGAAACAUAAAGUAGAUAUCUCAUCGGAUGCUAGAGCAAUACGGCGACUGCGCAGCGCGUGCGAGAGGGCAAAGAGAACUCUUAGUUCUUCAGCACAAACUACAAUAGAGGUAGAUUCAUUGCACGGAGGCAUUGAUUUUCAGGCAAGCAUUACACGUGCCAAGUUUGAAGAAUUGAACGUAUCAUUAUUUAAUUCCACUAUCGAACCUGUCAAAAAAGUAUUAAAAGAUGCAAAGAUGGAAAAGAAAGAAAUCCAUGAAAUUGUUCUUGUUGGAGGAUCCACGCGCAUCCCCAAGAUACAGUCUUUGCUUCAAGAGUAUUUUGACGGAAAGGAAUUGAACAAAUCGAUAAAUCCUGAUGAAGCCGUAGCAUAUGGUGCAGCAGUCCAAGCGGCGGUUUUAACAAAUCAGGCAAAUAACGAAAAGACUCAGGAUCUUUUGCUUCUCGACGUCGUACCCCUCAGCUUGGGUGUAGAGACUCAGGGCGGAGUUAUGGCCGUGGUCGUUCCGCGCAACACGCCAAUACCUACGAUCAAGAAAAAGAUUUUUACAACUGCCGAGGAUGGUCAAACUAUUGUUGAAUUUCCCGUGUACGAAGGAGAGCGACCAAUGUGCAGAGAUAAUAAUUUACUCGGCUCUUUUGAGUUGUCUGGUAUUCCACCUAUGCCACGUGGAGAAGCCGAACUUGAAUGUACAUUUGAUAUAAAUGCAGACGGCAUAUUGAAAGUUACGGCAAGAGAUAAAAUAACGGGACGUAAAGCUAAUAUUACUAUUAGCAAUUCUGUAGGACGAUUGUCCGCUGCUGACAUAGAAAGAAUGAUUUCCGAGUCUGAAAGGUUUAAAUUGGAGGAUAACAAGAAGCAGGAAUGUGUUGAAGCCAGACAAGAGCUAGAGAACUACAUAUAUCAGAUUGAAAAUACAUUAACUGAACCCAAUGUUGCUCUGAAACUAAAACAUAAUGAAAAAGACACGAUUGAAAAUGCGUUAUCAGAGACUCUCGAGUUUCUUGACCUUAGUGACGGUUCGUCGGCCACAAAGGAUGAAAUCAGCGCAGUUCGCAAAAAGCUACAGCGUACAGUCACGCGCGUGUUCGCAUCGCUUAAUCGAUAG